UAAGACGAAAGGGAAUUCGAAGCCAACGAACUUGAUUAACCGCAAAGCUCCGGAAAAGCAAUCUAUACGUUGACAACCGACCUCCGAUUAUCUCAUCGACGGCAGGAUGGGUGGCAGCACAUCCAACUACUUCUAGUCUUUUGCUCCAUGGCCAUCCUUACACGUGUCCCAUUGGGCUUCUCUACAACAACUUUGUCAAGCCAGUGUCAUAAAUACGGCUCGCUGUCAACAAAGGUUCCAGAAACUUUGACGCUCUCUUCUCGUCAUUUCACUGCUUCUUCGUGUUCCCCAUUUCUUCAUAAAAGGGGUUUUAGAGGAGUUCGAGUAGUAUCUGCAGCAAUGGCGGAUCUGAGUCGAAGCACGGUCCUUGUCACUGGAGCAGGUGGCAGAACAGGCCAAAUAGUUUAUAGGAAAUUAAAGGAGAGGUCAGAGCAGUAUGUUGCAAGAGGUCUUGUCAGAACAGAAGAGAGCAAGGGGAAAAUUGGAGGAGCGGAUGAUGUUUUUGUUGGGGAUAUAAGGGAUACCAACAGCAUAGUUCCUGCAAUCCAAGGUAUUGAUGCUCUCGUGAUUCUCACAAGUGCUGUGCCAAAGAUGAAACCGGGGUCUGACCCGUCUCAAGGUGGAAGGCCCGAGUUUUGUUUUGAUGAUGGAGCAUAUCCUGAACAGGUUGAUUGGAUUGGGCAGAAAAAUCAAAUAGAUGCUGCUAAGGCUGCUGGAGUGAAGCAAGUUGUGUUGGUUGGUUCUAUGGGUGGCACAGACCCAAAUCAUCCCUUGAACAGCUUGGGUAACGGCAAUAUAUUGGUAUGGAAGAGAAAGGCUGAGCAGUAUUUGGCUGACUCUGGUAUUCCAUACACUAUUAUCAGGGCUGGAGGCCUGCAAGAUAAAGAGGGAGGUGUCCGUGAAUUGCUUGUUGGAAAGGAUGACGAGCUUCUUAAGACGGAAACAAGAACCAUUUCCAGGCCUGAUGUUGCAGAAGUCUGCAUUCAGGCACUCCAGUUUGAAGAGGCCAAAUUUAAGGCGUUUGAUUUGGCGUCAAAGCCGGAGGGAGUUGGUACACCAACAAAGGAUUUUAAGGCUCUGUUUUCCCAAAUCACUACCCGUUUCUGAGUUUGCAUGGCCAUCAGUACUUGGUAUUCCAAGUUUUAGUUCAAAAACAUCGUUAGACAACAUCAUAAUUCGCCAUGUUGAAGAAAACCAAAUGUAUUUGGAGAUUAAUUAGAGCAUUAUGUAUGACAGCGAUUGUCUUAACCUGCCAGGAAAACAGGCAUCAAUAUCAAGCAUGCAGUUUAUUAUCGUGAAAA